CCAUUCCUCUUCCUUUUCCCUUCCCUCUUCCUUCCUUUUCCCUUUCCGUCCUGCGUUGCCUGUCGGCUGGUGCCGGCGUCCCCGGCAGGGGCUGUGAGUGCUGCGGCGCCAACCGUACCCUGCCGCCGCCGCCUUCUGAGGGGAGCGGGGCCGCCCGUGCGGCCUCCCGCAGGGCAUCGCGCUUAUGAGAAGCGUGGAGGCUGCCUGAAAUUCUGGAACUGUGCUGAAAGAAAACAGGGCAGUAUUUGAAGACUUGACAAAUGCAUCCCAGGCUGAAAAACUGCAUUUCUCCUCUUCCUCCUUUAGAAAACUGACUUCUUUAAAGAGAGGUAAGAGAGAAGCUAUAGAAGUAAGAAAAUGUUAGGAUCAGAACGAGGUGUGGUGGAAGAAUGGCUGUCAGAAUUCAAGGCAUUACCUGAAACACAAAUUUCCAGCUAUGCAGCUACAUUGCACCGAAAAAAAACAUUGGUACCAGCUCUUUAUAAAGUGAUUCAAGACCCAAAUAAUGAGCUCCUGGAGCCUGUUUGCCACCAGCUCUUCGAACUAUAUCGCAGUUCUGAAGUUCGGCUAAAGAGGUUCACAUUACAAUUUUUGCCAGAGUUGAUCUGGGUGUAUCUGCGUCUUACUGCCAGCAGGGAUAGGCAAAGUAAUGGUUGCAUUGAAGCAUUGCUGCUUGGCAUUUACAACUUGGAAAUUGCUGACAAAGAUGGAAACAACAAAGUUUUAUCUUUCACCAUCCCUUCGUUAUCUAAACCCUCCAUAUAUCAUGAGCCCUCUACAAUUGGAUCCAUGGCUUUAACUGAAGGAGCUCUGUGUCAGCAUGAUCUCAUCAGGGUAGUUUACAGUGAUCUUCAUCCUCAAAGAGAAACCUUCACAGCACAGAACCGGUUCGAGGUGCUGAGCUUUCUCAUGCUGUGCUACAAUUCUGCUAUUGUCUAUAUGCCUGCCUCUUCUUACCAAUCACUUUGUAGGAUGGGUUCCAGGCUGUGUGUGAGUGGAUUUCCACGGCAGCAUGAGAAACGCUGGAAAGAACACUAUGGUAGAGUGGUGUUGGACCCUGACUUCAUGGUGCAGCUGCUCACAGGUGUCUAUUAUGCCAUAUAUAAUGGUCAGUGGGAUCUUGGCCAGGAGGUAUUGGAGGACAUAAUUUACAGAGCACAGCUUGAACUCUACUCACAGCCUCUGUUGGUUGCAAAUGCCAUGAAGAACUCACUGCCCUUUGAUGCUCCUGAUGCGUCACAAGAAGGCCAGAAGGUACUGAAGGUAGAAGUUACUCCAACAGUGCCGAGGAUUUCUCGGACUGCCAUUACAACAGCUUCUAUCCGUCGUCACCGCUGGAGGAGAGAAGAUGGCUUUGACUUCUCAAACGAGGCUGACUCAAGCAUACCUGGCUCACCGAUCCAACACGGCUCCACAGACCUAGGGAUCAAACAUGAGCAAGAGGGGGAGGUGCUGAUGCGCAGGACCCCUGAGCAUGGCUUCCUGGAGCCCACCUUGGCAGCAGCCACAACAGAGGAUGCUGAAGGUGUAAAUGGAAGAGAAGAAUCUGUGAACGUUAACGAUGCUGAUGAAGGAUUUUCAUCGGGAGCUUCCCUCAGCAGCCAGCCGGUUGGGACCAAACCUCAAUCAUCUGUAUCCCAGAAGGGCAGCUUAAGGAAAACAGCAAGCGGACGUUCUUCUAAGGAUAAAGAAACCUGUUCUGCAGCAAAAUCUAAUGAGAGCCCUCGAGAUUCAGUAGCUCGGAAGCAGUACAUACACCAAUCCACUGACCUUGGUGCAGAUAUAAUUGAGAUGACACCUACUAAGAAACACCUCAGCCUGCCUGCUGGGCAGGUGGUGCCAAAAGCCAACAGUUUGAGCCUGAUCAGGACCGCCAGUGCUUCCUCCAGUAAAUCAUUUGACUACGUCAAUGGCAGUCAAAUAGGCUCCAGUGUUGGAGUUGGUACAGAAGGUGUUACCAAUCUAGCUGCUGGCAACACCAAUCGGUUUUCAACUAUCAGCCUACAGGAGGACCGACUAGGCCAAGCUGGGGAAGGUAAAGAUCUUCUCCCCCCAGGAGCUCCCUUAACCAAGCAGUCUCGAUCUCCAAGUUUCAAUAUGCAGCUGAUAUCCCAGGUGUAACUUUAUCUCCCUUCAUUAGGACUCCCUCUUUCCCCUAAAUCCCCAGGCAAGUUCAUCCUUAGGCAAAACAAGAACCAUCAUCCUGCAGUGUGAAAAUACUGUUGUGAUCUUGUUUGAUUUGGUCUAGCUAUCAUACUGUAUUACUGAAACAGCAAUAAUUCUUCCCUCACCUUUAUUUUCCCCCCCUUGUAAAGAUGGUUGUGAAGCAGUAUAUAAUGUACUGUAUGCCUAUUUCCAUGCCUUCCUUUCUCCUUGGGUGACGUGCAAUCCAUCGUAGGCUGAUCAGUCCCAUUUCAACACUGUGAGACUGGAGACACCGGCGGAAAUGGUGAAUGUGAUCCCUAUGAGAUGAUGCUUUGGCUCUGUUAAGAAAUAGAAACGGGUUUGUUUUCUUGGUCUACAGUACUGCAAAGACUACUGGAUCAUGACUUUUCUUUCUCAGAACCAGGAGUGCCUCAGAGAUUCUGAUGUGACUUUGGACCUCUCUGAGUUUGUGCAAUCAAUUCUGGGGAGGGGAUCAUCAUUGCUGCUCCUGGCUGCCUACAGCACUUUUUCAUUAAAAUGAGGGUAGAUUUUUCUUGCCUGCCCCCAGUUUCUCAUCCCAGAAGCUUUUGAUGUUCAGCAACUGAGACGUGCGUAUUAACAAGUUGUUUUCCCUCAGAGAGAGGAUUGUAAGUAGAUAAUGUAGGUUACAAUGCACUUCUAAUGGCGUUGUAGCCAUAUAUAAUGUUACAUGUCUUCCCUUCCAGGACACAGGGUCAUUCUGUAUGUAGACUAAAAUCUAGACAAGACCAUGCUGUUAAAGCAAUUUGGUUUGUAAAUGGGAGGGAGACACUACUUUCCCAGGAGCUAAUGGCUGGCUUUGCUCCAUUUUUGUUAUUGGUGUUCUUGUUAUUGUUGUUUUUCUUGUGAGGUGGUGAUCACUAAGAUGAAAGGUGUAUUCGGGUAAAGAGUAUUUCUCAGGCUGCUUUCUAUGGUGUCAUGGAUGUUAGACAUCCCCAACUCACUCAGCUACUUUCUCAGUGUCCCCAAAUUCAAUCAUGGAGUCACUUUAAGAAUCUUGCAGUCCAGACAGACCAUCUUCUUAAGGGGCUGUCUCAGGGAUAGAGACAAUAGUUUGCUAGAAAUACUGAAGCUUUAAUGUGAAAUGCUUUUCUAAAAACACCGUUUGCACAAAGGGGUACUGAUAGUCCUUUUUUCCAGAAGGAUCACACUUCAUUGCCUUGGUAUAUCUAAUCUGUUAGUUUUUUUAAAUUGUUAUUUUAGUGGAUAGGCCCAUUCUCUAGAAAAUGCAAAACUCAUGCCAUUGAGCCAAGCCUUGAAUGUAUAUGACUGGUGUACAGUGGGCACUGGCUGGUACUUAUGCUACGGAACACUGUUUGGAAGCACAUUUCUGAUUACAUAGGAAAAUGUUUGUCAUCCUCUCCCUCUCUAGAUUGCUAGAGAGCAAAGGGGAAAGUUCAUCCUGUAUUCUUAAGUAAUGUAUGGUAUCUUGGAAGUUUACAAAUUUAAACGUACAGAAAAGAGUUACGAUCUUCACAUGGGCACUUUGGUUUCACUGUCACUGUGAAGAAUAAACAUAAGCUGUUAAAAAUAGCAGGUUAUCUUUGAAUGACAGAUAGACAGAAAUUCAGGACAAUAACGUGGUGUAACGUUGCUGGUAUUUUUUUCUUUUUUGCUUUUGAGCCUCUUUCAGAUGGAACUCUUUUUUUUCAAUUUUACAUUAAAAUUAAUUUAAAUAUUUGACAUGUUUUUGUGCAUUGACAAUUCACUUUGGCAGUCUAGUCUUAAGAACUCCACAUUCAUAAAGAAGUAAAUUAAAUGGCAGCUGGACUAAUGCAGAAAUUUAGUUAGAAUAAAUAGAAUCAUCAGAAAGAAAGCCUUACUAUUUCAAAAUUGAACUUAAUUUUUAAAGGCCACCAGAGAUAGAACUAAGGUAAAGGUGAGAUUAAAUUAUGAGGGAUUUUCUGUAAGAAUGUCAAAAGCUAUGCAUGAUUUGACUCUGCUUAAUUUAUUUUGUCAAGUUUUGCUGGUGGAGACAAUUGGCAGGUCAUGGUAGUGCAGAAAUUCACUUGCUAGUUUGUUUCCUGAAAGUGUAAAUUUGUUUUGUAGUAGACCAUCAUGCUAAAUUUAUAAGGACCAAAUGAUUAGCGUAAAUCUUUGGGAAAUAAAAGGUUAGGAUUAUCAGCUAUUUUCUGAAGAAUUACUACACUUUAUUAUGCCUUUGCCUUUAAAAAAUGGGAUUGCUCAUUAGCAAGGUUCUCUAGUUUCUCAUUUUACCGUUAUAAACAUUCCCAAAGACAUUUUAGGACACUUAAAUUGGGUCAAAUUUCACAAAACAUUUUUUUAUACCCUUAUGGGUGGGGUCCAACAAAAUUAAACUAUUUCAGGAAAGAGAGACACCCCACUGACUCCAGAUGGGGAAGUCAAAUGUACAUAUAUACAUUUGUAGUUAAAUCUUUAGUCAAAUUAUAAUUUAAAAUAUUUUUGCAGUUCUUGUUUUGAUGAUGUGCCUUUUGUUAUAGUUAAAUGCAUUGUAUUUUGUUUUCUUCCUGUGUAUAUAUAUUCCUACCUGCACAAAGCUUUAAAAAGAGUUCAAAUUUAUUCCUAUUAAAAACUAUAUAUAGUUUUUGCUAUGUGCAACAUCCAUAGCUAAUCAAAAUUACCAUUUGAGUGCAGUGUUUCAUUUGUGGGAGCUUUUGUCGUUCUUCAGACAUGUGCUGGUCAACAUCUGUCUUACAAAAUGAGUCAUCACUUACAUCUACAAAACAGGUGAAAUAACAGGCUUUUCCAGUGCUGUUUAUCACAUUUAUCUUUAACGUUUCUACAUGGCUCAAACUAUACCAAGUGUGUCAAGAUUGUAAUGAAACUUUUUUACAGUGAUGCCCAGUACACUUGAAAGUAUUCUGGAAGUAAUAGAAAUGUCUAGGCUGAGAGAAUUACGUGUUCUUUAUGAUAAUGUGUUAAAUACUAAACAAAGUACAAAACAUGUUCAAACGUUCUGAUACCUGUGACAAAUAUCUAGACUUAAACAUCUUUAUCCUGAAUUCACUCAGUUGUGUCUUGUUUUAGAACAUUUGGUACUCAAUGUGAGACAGUAGAUUUAGAUUUCUGCACCAUUUCAUCGCAGCUGCAGCAUUAUACAAAAAGGUCAAAAAGCAGAACACUACUUUUUUCCUCUGUGCAUGUGCACAUACUUCUAAUUCUUAAGUGAGGAAGUCUGAGGGUUAUAUGUAGAUGUAUAUACAUGUGUUAGUAGGGAAAAACUAAUUAUCCCUUGAUAAAGUUUUUACCAUAUUAUGCUGCCAUUUUGCCACUCAUUUUUCUUGGGCUUAAUAAGAAAAUGUUGGGAUUGCGCACUCAACCCCAUUGAUUAGCCUUUUCAGGAGUUUAUUUUGAGCUGCUUUUGGUUGAAUGUUGAGCCUCUUUUUGUUUUCAUCCUGCAGGCAGCAAAACGGUGAGGGAAAAAUGCCUAUAACAAUGAAUGUUGCAAGAUGAAGUUUUAAAUGGCUUUCUUGUUCUUUUGAUUUGGAGACUUUUUAUGUGACUGUCUGUUUUAAGUGCAAAUUUCUUUGAACACCCUUUCUGAUGUGAAUUUGAGAAAAAUUUUAACAGCCUGCUUCAUUCUGUAAUGCUGAACGUUGUUGCAGCCAGUAAGCAUUAGAUGUAGUACUUGUAGCUUGCAAGUGUGUUGGUCUCAAUUACUUAAAUCUAAAAUUUCCAACGUACUCCUGCUAGCUUUAACAUAAUUAAAUUCAUGUUUUGACAGCAAAAGAGUGAGGAAAAAAAAAUGUUUUCUGACAAUGUAUUUAUUUGCACUACUUAUGAAUACUGGAGUUUACAGGGACUGUUUUUUUUCUCACCAUGUGAGGUUUACUUGUGCGUGGGUAGGUACAUACAUCUGUCACGUAUUGACAAUCAAUUGCCUCAACUGUGUCUAUAUUGUAUGUAAAUAUGAACAUAUUUUUCCAGAUUAAGGGGGAAACCUGCACCUUAAUGGUGGUAAAGCUGCUCAGUAGUAAGGUGGCCCCAACUCUUGCCCCUUUCUGUCUCCAGAUAGUAUGUGGUUUGUUUUACUUCUUUAAUGAACAUUAUUAGUGUUCCUGGAAAACUAUAGCUCCAGGGAGCUUUUCCUAAACAUUUAAUGUAUAACAUAUUCAGAAAUUAGUUUUGGAGUAGACUAUUUUAUGCCAUGACUGUAUUUUAACCGAAGAGUUUAAACUUUUGCUAUUUUAUCAUGAACUAAUAACCAUCUCUUUAAGUGUUUGGGUGUUUUAUUUUUGCUCACAAAGCAGAAAUUUUUGUUUGGCUUGGUUUACAAAUUUAAAUUAACUUUAAGAGCAAGUAGGAACCAAGUAUAACUUCUUGAAUAGAAUUCUAAAAAUCAAGCACUACAAACUUGAUACUAUACUCAUAAUCGUGGAGGAGGUGUGGAAAACCAUAAUUGAACAUGCUUGAAUAGAACGGGUGUGCUGCAUAGUGAACCAAAAGAUGUUUCUGAUGUUUGUAAAUCUGAUAGUCUCAUCCUUAAAUUCUGCAAUUCUGUCAUUGCCAAAAAUAUUGCUACCUUGGCAUGCUUAAUGUAGCACUUAAAACCAUUAGCUACAUCUCAUUGUAACAUCAUUGGAAUAGUUUGUGUUGGAAUGGUAAACAUGGCUUUUUUUUUUUUAAUGUCUUGUUUAGGAUGACGAAGUUACAAAACUUUAUUCCUUUCCAAGCAUCGUAAGCAGAGGGCUGAUCUGAAUGAACUUGUAUUUUGUUCUUGUUUGAUAUCAAAAUGUUCAACAUUUUAUAUUUUUUCCAGUAUUUUAAAUGCUGUUUAUUUCUAGUAUGUGCGCCUUAAUUUCUCUUUUUUUUUUUUAUUAAAUUAAGAGAAAUUUCUCUAACUUUUUUGAACUAAUAUUAAUUUGUUGUCCCACUGUCAGUUGAGUAAAUUUAACUAUGGAAAGCUUUUUUGUAGAUGAUUUAGAGGAACAGAUACCAGCAUGAGUGUUGUGUUAAUGAAUGCAUACAUCAGUCUGUCAAAUUUGCAGCUGAAGAGCUAAAAUACUCACCUGUCCCUUAUACAGUGAUGGAAAACAGUGGAGAGCUGUGAGCAACUUGGUUCAUUAAUAGUUUAUGAAAGAAAGUAGUAAAUGGGCUUUGCAAGACUGAUAUGUAUGAUGAUUUCCACUUAGUUGUUAUAACAUUUUAUUUUAAAAUAAGUCUUGGAACAAGCUUUCAAAACAUAGCAGGUAGCCAUUUCAGGUAAACUUUUCUCUUAAGUUUGGGAAGUGUCAAGGCCUGCUGUCAUCUAAUAUGUUAGAAGUUCAGAAGCAAGCUAUAGAAGUCUAAGGUACCACACAGCUGCCAGGAAUGGGUUUAGUAAAAAUCUGUCCCAUGUUAUAUGACUUUAUUGGAGAUUUAAUGUAGAAAAAUACAAUAAUUUCUGCUUUUGUUAUUUCAUUUAUUUUCUUUAGGGUACAAAAACACAUGAUGAUUAUUAUUAUUAUUUUUACUGUGGUCAUCAGAUUUUACAAAACCUAACAUUUGAGGGACCAAAUGAAUUCAAAAAUGGGUCCAUAAAUUAUCUGUUCUAUCAUAAAGGAUUACUAAGCUAUUCCUGUCAGGAGCUGCUAGUGACAACACAUGUACAGUAAAACCUUAGCCUACGUUUUAGCUUGUGCAUGAUGGGCAAAGUGAUUAAAUCAAGUUGUAUUAAACAACUACUUGUUUGUGAGUGCCCAGUGUUUUAUAGUCAGUAACAUGUAAGCAAUUUAGAGCAGAGUGUCUUUGCAUUUUGAUAAUUAAUUUACUUCAAAUUUUGACUCCUGAAAAGAUGAUUAAUUACCCGUUAAAUUGUGGUAUAGAUUUCACAGAGGUUUUGUAUUAUUAUUAUUUAUUUAUUUUAGAAAAGUGAUCAGGGAAGAUUUCUGACUUGUUUGUGAUUACUUUCUAGUAAAGUGACCAUGUAGUGCUUUGUUAUGGAAUGAACCUUUCUUUUAGGUUGGUAGUGGAUCCUGUCCUGUGUGUUUGAGUCCUCGUCCUUCCCAGAACUGAUCGCAAAACAGACGAAUUAGUGUGGUUGAAGCAACCUUUUCAAAGAAAAAUUGUUCUAAAAAUAAGUAGGACUUAGGAAUGACAGAAAUACUGGCUGUUGACACUGUUCUUUCUGUUUAAAUGGUUCCUAUUGUGCUAGAACUUUCAUGCUGUUAGUUUAUGAAAAAAACAAAUAUUAGAAACUUUAUGAGGUAUACAGUAGAUGUGUUAGCAAUCACUCAAGAUAAACUACUUCUCAAAGUAUUAAUAGAUCGCUAGUGCUGGGGUGCGUCUCUGUGUUUUUUGUGUGCCAGUGUUCAACGAUUACUUUGAAACGACUUUUUUUUUUUUUACUGUUUACUUGCAGAAGGUGCAUACUUCUGGGAUGGAUGUUACUAGCUGGUUAUUUAUGAAGAAAUACCACAUGAUUAAAAAGAAUUGAGUCAUCUAACUUUUUUUUCCAUAUCAAUGAUUCCAGGAAAAAGCUAAUAAAGAUUUUUAAUAAUUAAAUCAGAUACUCUUAAUACAUUUUAGAUUUACUACAGUGGCUUUUAUUGGCUAUAAAACUAAAUCUAGGUACCCCAUGCUGCAUUUUUUAAAUUUGUAAUUCUUCUAUUCUACAAAUAAUCUUUUUGCUCUGUGUUGUCCUUGUAAGAACACAGGAUAUGCUGUCAAUUUUACUAGCAAAAAGAAACAUUCUGCAAGGGUUAAAAGAUAAUUUUCUUACUUAUUCUGUCAUGCCAGGUUUGUUUCUCUGAACUAAGGUUUCUGAGGAUUCUUACUACUUUGUGAUCUUAUCUCUGUCAGUAGAAGGAGCAUAAGCAGCAAGUAGCCCACUUAAUGUGGACGAAUAGGCUAGACAAAAGGGCAUGGAUUGGUAGCGUGAGCCCCUCUUCACCAGGGUAGCCCUGUGUGUUGGUGUGAAUCCCAGGUGUUCAGGAUGCAGUACUGGUGAGGAACUAAACCAAACAGGUUUUUAGUAACCACGACCUCUGCUGGAUGGUAUGAUGUUCUUUAACCUGGGACCAGGGAAAAUCUUCCAUCUUAGACCUGAAGAUGGCACGUAUCAAAGAUCAUGUUAUUGGUGCAUGUAAGCCAUUAUCUUACCUGUCUUACUGAACUGGUUAAUGCUGUUGACUGUUGUUGAAAUGUGAAAUGUAGUUACUAUUGACUCUGUAAAUAACUGCCAGAGAUGAAAUAUAAUUAUUUUAAAUCAUUGUAAAUAGAGAUGUAUAAAACUCGACGCAAUCUGCAAUGCAGAAAAAAAUUAUAUAUAUAUAAAUAUAUAACGAUGUUAAAUAAAUAUCGUGCUGUUUCUGAACAGA